AACAAUUUGGAAUUUUUAAGCAAACAAUGAAGGGAAAAUAUUUAGAGCCAACGAUCGAAUGCAAUUGCUCCGAGGAGAGCCUUGCCACAGAGGCCACAAAGGAGCGACGAUACACCUGGCUGAAUGCCAGGGGUCGCUUGGUGAGCCGAAAGCUAACGGAAUACGAGUGCCGGCUGGAGGAUGAUGUGGAGAAGCUGCAGGAGGCACUCUUCUCCAUAUCAUCGCACUAUGCCAAAAUACAAUUUCGAUUGCGUCAGAUUGCCUCCGCCACGGAUUCGGAGCGCAUCAGUCUGCUCCGUGAGCUGGAGAGGAUCACGUACCGGGACAUCGAUGAGAAUCGGCACAACAAUGAGUUGCCCACGCUGCUAAAUGAUUCGCAAAGUUUGGGCAAUGUUCGCAUCAAGCAGCAGAAGAUCAUCUCACAGCUGAGGGGUCGCCUCAGAGAUCUGGUGGAGGUCAGCGAUUGCUGUUUCAGUGCCAAAUCCGAGCACAUCUACCAGCUGCGCCGACCUCAGCAGCUGCAACAGGAACCAGCGAGAACAAUGGAUUUAUGUGUCACUUGUCGCGAAGCAAUCCCCAAGCAAAAUGACAAUCCAACUCCUCAGGAGCGGGGCUACCUGUCGGAGACCUGGCCAAGCCACAUGACUCCCAAUGAUGCCUCAUUCCCGGUGAAAAGGAAAUCCAAGUCCAAGAAGAAGCGCAGAAAAGCGCACAAGUCUCCUUCCAGUCCCGCAUCCUAUAAAAGAUACAGUCCCGAUAGAUCCACUAAGCCAAGUGCUGGAAAAAGUUAUGCGGAGUGUGUUGCAUCUCAUCAGGAGAGAAGCAGGUGCAGAGGCAAUCAGGAUGUUAGUAGAAAAACUGAAGAAUCAAAUCAAAAGCGAAGGCAAACCACGAUAAACAGAAGCCAGGAUCCAAAAGGAUAUACGAAAAACGAAAAAAAUCCAAAUAUUAAUAGAAAAACUCAGCAAUCCGAAUCUGCUAAGAAUCAAAACCGAAGGCAAAUUGUGAAUGGCAGCCCGAAACCCAAAAGAAACAUGGAUAAUGAGAGCAAUCAAAAUAUUAAUAGAAAAACCCAAGAAAGCAAUCACAAUAUUUAUAGAAAAACCCAAGAAAGCAAUCAGAAUAGUUAUAGAAAAACCCACGAAAACAAUCAGAAUAGUUAUAGAAAAACCCCAGAAAACAAUCAGAAUAUUUAUAGAAAAACUAAAGAAUCCAAGAUGAAACCAAACAGAGAUAAGGAAAACGAAUACAAUCAGGAUGAUGGUAGAAAACUGCAAGAAACCGAAUAUGUUAACGAUCAGGAUGUGCCCAGAAGAGACAGCAAGUCGAAGGACUCGUCAACCGAGCGAGUUGUGAAUAAACGAAAGAUUCGAUCACGAAUUGUGUUUGCAAACGAUCACUAUCAAUCAGAUGGACCAUCUAACCAUCAAACCAACUCAAGCUCGCAAUUGCCAAGUGGGAAAUACAGUCACUCCCCGAUUGGGGCCAAUCCGAUUCGUCAAGUUAGAAGCGAUGACAAUGCGAAAUCGAUGACAAUAUGCCAGCGACGAGCUUGCAAAGGAAAGUGCUCCACAACUGGCACAUGUAGGCAUCGGUAUAAAGAUAAUGACGAUCUUGAUCAGGAUAAAAAAGCACCUUUAAAAAAUGUACAAUUUUGCAAAAGAGCAACCUGCUCGGAACUCAGAGAGAAAGAGAGUAAGACGGAUAAAAAGGAGACGCGAAAAGCGAGGAUGCUGCACAAAGUAACAAAUCCACUCUACUCUGGCCUGCAACACCAAAACAAUUUCGCUGAGUGUACACGAAGUAGUUUCCUAGUUUACCCAAAUAAAUAUGGAGCUCAGAAUUUCGCCAAGAAUGAUCGAUGUUUAAGUUUUAGCUGCAAGCUUCGCGAACGCUCGGCAAAUCACAAAAGAGACAGCUGCGAUAAAAUCGAGGACUCGAAAUCAACACAAGAACCGAAGCCAGGAGACGAGACGACAGACUGCUAAUCGGAAGGAUGAGCGAGCAGGAUAAUCUAAAGUUAGCUUAAAUCACUCUCAAAUGACAGGAGCAGCGCUGCAUCCACUUUGAGAGUGUUUUAGUUUGGCUUUGGAUUAAAUACUUGCCUCCCAGUCUGACAUCGUCUGACUUGUAUAUUUAAAUGGCUUGUCAAUUAAUAAAUACCAUAAAAUAUAAUUAUG